AAUUUCCCUUUCGUCAAUUGGAGAGACAGGAAAAGUCACCGGCGGCUGUGGAAAUCCGCUUUUUUCUGCAUAUUCAACAUCUCAAAGCUGACAAAUUUACUAAUCUCCCACACGCUACGAUGACUGAUGACUAUUUCUAUGGAGUCACGUUGACCAGCACGGAUCCCUCGCAGACAUGGGAUCCCUUCCACAAUGACGAUGACGAGGAGUUGGGCGUGUGGAACAAGCUGCUGGUGAAGCAGAUGCUGCUGGGCCACGAAGCCAAGGAGGGCGAGUACAAUGUUGUGGAGGCGGCCACUCAGACGAUGGAGGAUGUAAUCAAAAUCCCCAUCGCCGUGCUGAAGGUCGGCGAGGCUCGAAACGUGUGUAUGCAGCUGGAAUUUGUGGCUCCGGUGAUCUUCACGUUGGUCAAGGGCGCCGGGCCGGUUCACAUCCAUGGCCAUCAUCUGAUUGGGGAGGCGAGCGAUCCCGACAUGUGGGAUGAGGAGGGCGUGGAGGAAGAGGAGCCGGAAGAUGGUGCUGAGGGAGAGGAGAACGGGAGUGCGCGAAGGAAGCAAAAGUUCCCGAAAGUGACGACUACAAAAGCCGCCGGCUUGGCGCGAAACAAGAGGAAAUAGAGAGAUACUCUGAUUUGCCAUGAAAUUCCAUCUCAAAAUACCCACAACUCCUUCACAUAAAUGUACAAUGUUUCACAGGAAAGCAUUUCAUUGAAUACAAUCUGUCCAUUUGGAUCUAUUGUCGUGCAUU